AGUAAGAAAAUGGCGACUGGAGGGAAACAUCCAAAUAGCACUUUAUUAUUUCGGAGUAUUUACGUUCCAACUGAAUCAGAAACAAUAGAACCUGUCGAAAGUCCUUCAGUACACGGUCCAAGUCAUUCAAUACUCAAAGAUAGUUCGGAUGAUAUCUUUGAAAAUACAGAAACCAAUUUCACUAUAAGAGGAAGGUCGGGCACUCUACAAGAGGUUAGAAUUGAAGAUUCCCCAAGCAAUGUUAAAUUGCCUUGGGAAAUUUAUUCAGAAGAUGAUAGAGAAGAAGAAAGCUCAUGUCUAUCGAGAGAUUUAUGCUCGAAAGGGGAAAGAGUCCUACGAAUGCUAUCGUAUGGUUUAAUUUUAAUUAUUUUAGGAUGUUCUAUAAUUAGCUCCGGAAUCUAUUUGCUACUAUUCUCUCAGAAUUUUAAAGAUACGUUAUAUGUUUGUACCGUCAUAGCAGGAAUUAAAACGAAUUGUCGGUUGAAAAUAUUCUCUAAAUAUUAUUAUGCGAACAAAACUUGUACAGGUAAUGAAAGUUCAAGUGAAUUAAAUUAUACAUAUUUAUCUCUCAUUGGAAAGAAUGAAAUCUCAAAAAACAUUACAAAUAACUCAAUAUCAUUGAAUUUGGAAGCUUCAGAUUCAAUUUGUAUGAAGGAAUUUCAAUUAUGCCCAGAGGUCAAAAGAAUUUGGGCAUGGACUAUAUUUAGUGCUAUGAGCUUAUCGAGUGUUUUAGAAUUGUUAAGGGCAUUAAUAAAUUCAAUAAGAAGAGGGGAUCUCUAUAGAAAGAACACCUAUGAUCAAUUUGAGAGUAAUUGGGCAAAGAGCAGAAUUAGAAACAUUUCCAUUGCAGUUUAUUUUAUCAUUGAAAUCUUUCAUACAAUAUUUACCUCUUUGGCUUGUUUAGUUCUACUACCAUCAUUACCUUCUCCUCUAGCUCUGAUUUUCUCUGCAAGCUUAUCAUUUAUACCGAAUGUUUUAAAUUUGCUUGAGAAACGCUAUUCCUCUCCAAAGAGCUAUUUGCGACAUGGAUUAGCGAUGCUAUGCCAAUUGGUGUUAAUGGUAGUUGUUGCUGCUUAUAACCUUCGUCGUCAAAAAUAUGUCUAUCUAUGGCCAAUUUUGGUUGUUGGAUUGUCGUUAAGAUAUGCUCUGAACUAUUUCCAUAUACCCAUUUUCAAUGAUAUUAGAGAAAGGAUAAGAAAAUAUAAAGAUUCAUUGCUUGCAAUUCCAGUAGCGUUCUCUAAAAUAGUUUUCAAAUUCUUACUUAUGAUGCCAUUAGCCAUAUACAACGGUAGUAGUUCUUCGCUUGUUGAUAUUUUUAAAAUAUCCCCAAAGGAUUGCCCAGCGAGUCAAUUGAAUUCUGGAGAUUUUGAACAUUUUAAAGGAUCUGUUGUUAGCUUAUGCCUAAUUUUAUUUAUUGUUCAAUUGGUUUGCUAUUUUUCUCUAAGAGCAGCUGUAAAAAUACAUCUUCCAGGCCCUUUAUUGCUCAUUGUUUUAGCUAUUCCCAACGUAUUCAUGGGUUUGGCUAUUAGUGUACUCGUCGCCGAACCCCGAGAUUUUUUGGGCAAUUUUCUUUAUUGGAAACCUUUUGAUAUCGAAAAUACAACUCUUAAAAUCUGGCUAACAAAGUCUGCAGUGUUUUGGUACACAAUCAUUGGUAGCAUUAGCGCUGUAAUACUAGGAUGGAAAGCAUGGAGUGCCCCUAGCCUUCGUAUUGAAAGAACGGCAAAUCUUUUCUUAUUCCCUUUGUUUCACAGUCCAUUUUUAGAAUCAUCACUUAUUCUCAAUAGAAAAUCGAAAACAGAUGACGUCUUGAGUAUUUCUGAUAGUAUUGACAUGAGUGAAAAAGAAAAUAGUGUACGUAAGCCCAAAGUAUAUGUCUGUGGAACUCUUUGGCACGAAGAACAAAAUGAAAUGGAGCAGAUGCUCAGAUCUAUAUAUAAAUUAGAUAUAGAUUUGACAGCCAAACAUAUUGCGUCAACAUACUUUAAUUCUUUAGAAAAAAGAGACUUAUUCGAUUUUGAGGUUCAUAUAAUGUUUGACGAUGCAUUCGAGAAGAAGAACGAAAUCUUCAAAGCAAAUUCAUACGUUAAAAGAUUUCGCGAAAGUAUCGAUUCGUCUGCUAAAGAAACUUUCGGAAGAAAAGUCAAAAUAUCAGUAAAAGAAUGUAAAACUCCAUAUGGUGGAAAGUUAACAUAUGUUCUUCCUGGUGGCCAUAAAUUACAUGUGCAUUUAAAAAAUAAAUCAUUGAUAAGAAAUAUGAAGAGGUGGAGUCAAGUAAUGUACAUGUCUCAGAUAAUACACGACAUUGAUCAGAGUGUCGAUGAGCUUAAUUUAACAGUGGAUCAAACAAAACAGGAGAGAUUUGAUAGAUUCGAUUCAUCCUAUAUUCUCACUUUAGAUGGUGAUGUUGAUUUCGAACCAAAGGCCGUUUCCUUGCUAGUUGACUGUCUUAGAAAACAUUCUAGUGUUGGGGGAGCAUGUGGUCGUAUUCAUCCGCUAGGAACAGGCCCUAUGGUCUGGUAUCAGAAAUUUGAAUAUGCUAUUGGACAUUGGUUUCAAAAAGCAACAGAACAUUGUUUAGGUUCAGUGUUAUGUAGUCCUGGUUGUUUUAGCGUUAUCAGAUUAUCUGCGAUAACUGAUAAAGGUGUGUACAAGACCUAUACUCAUGUUAGUAAGACUGCUAUGGAUUUCGUACAACAUGAUCAGGGAGAAGAUAGAUGGCUAACCACAUUAAUCGUUCAAAGGGGUCAUAAAAUAGAAUAUUGCGCUGCGGCUGACGCUUUUACAUACGCACCCGACACAUUCUCCUCGUUUUACAAACAGCGAAGACGUUGGGUAACAUCUACGUUUGUUAAUCAAUGGGGUUUGAUAUCUGAUUGGAAAAGAUUAAGAAAAAUUAAUCCAAGCAUUUCUCUACCCUUCAUAAUCUAUCAAUUGGCUAUGAUUGGCGCAUCCAUCUUAGGGCCUGGAACGGUGCUACUCAUGUUAACUGGAGCCUUGGAAUCAGUUUUCUCCGGGUUAGGUUGGAUAAAUUCUUUUUUGGUGAAUUGUAUUCCACUUGUGAUAUAUAUUCUAGUAUGUUUAAAUAUGAAACAAGCCAUUCAAGAAACUCUGGCAGCUCUUCUUUCAGCUUUCUAUGCUCUUAUAAUGCUUAUAGUUCUUGUGGGAAUAAUUAAACAAAUGGCUUCAGAAGGUCUGUGUUCACCCUCUGCUCUAUUCUUCUUAAUGGUUGCUACAUUCUUCGUUAUUACUGGAUUAUUACAUCCGAGAGAGAUUCUUAACCUGCCUCUUGGUCUUAUUUACUAUGUUGCCAUACCAUCAGCUUAUCUGUUGUUAAAUAUUUAUGCUUUAUGCAACAUAAACGAUAGUAAAUGGGGAACUCGAGAUCAGAAUGUGCUUACUAGUAGUGAUGAUGGAAAAGAAGAAAAAGCUCAAAAUGUUUUACAAAAGGGAAUGGAAAAGUUAACAACAUUCUUUGAAAAAGAAGAAGGACAAAAUCUUUUAGCAAAUGAAGAAAGAGCGGAGGGGGAGGAAGAAGAAGAAGAAGAAACAAUUCAAAAUGAUGAUGAUUUUUUCGGAAGGAGCAGAACUAGAUCAAACAGUGUUAUUUCAGCUUAUUCAAUAAAUGAAGAUACAGAAUUAUGCCAAGAAGAAAGAUGCUUCUGGGAGAAGCUAGUAGAUUUUCUGUCUCCAUUUAAAUCCGGACAUUCAACAGAAGAUUUAAGCUUUCCGCUUCUCGAACUUAAGAAUAAAUCAUGUAUGGCAUUUUUUAUGAUAAACGCUAUGUAUAUAACACUUAUCCUAGUUUUACAAGUUAUAAAAAAAGAUGGUCAAUUGACAAUUUCAUUUCCCUGCUGGGAGAAGAGGGAAAUUAAUGGCGUUAUUGUUGAAGAAAGAAUUAUUAUUGAGCCUAUUGGUUUUACAAUUUUAGCUUUUUUUGGCAUAAUUUUAAUUAUACAAUUUAUUGGUGGCCUUUAUCAUUCAGCUUCAAAUUUUAUACAAGUAAUGGCUACAACUGAUAUUCGAGCAAAGCCAUCAGAAAUUCUAGAGAAAGGUCUUAAAGUGAUCGUUUCCAUUCAAAUAAGCAAAAAGAGAAAGAGACGAAAAAAGAUAACACAUAUCUCAGAUUUUAGUUCAUUAUAUAGAAGGAGACAAUCGAUUAUUACGACAGAUGAACAGCUUCUUGAAAAUGAUACGGACGAUGAACAAGAUGAUUUAACUUUGGAACAAAGUUUUCAAAAAAUGUUCAGAGCUCUUUGUGAGGCAAAGAAUAAUAAACAAAGUUUGAAAACUCCUGCAGAUUUUGAAAAUAUAUUCAACGAAAGAUUAAAAUAUAAGAAUAUCGAAUUGACUGAAAGAGAAACCUCUUCACUGCAGAAACUAUUGCCUCUUCUUCGUACAUCACCAGUUUAGCUUGAAUUCACUGCAAAAUAUAUAAAUUUUAUACUGUAUAUAUAUAAAAGGAAGAGUAUAUCUAUAAACUGCAAUAUAUAAAUGAUCAGAUUACAUUUGUGUUCUAAAGAGACUGAAAAUUUAGAGUAGAGGAAGAGAACGAGCAGGAAUAAAUUUAUUCAAAUAUAAAUUAGGAAAAUAUAGUAGAUGGAGCUACUGUUUGCAAUAGGGAAUCUAUAGAGAUAAAUUUUGUUUUAAAAUUCAUAAUCUAUCUGACAAAAUUAUCAAAACAGCAAGACAUAAAAGAUAUAGUUGACAUUAAGCAUUGUUCUUAUCAUUGUUGUUCAAUUAUUGACUUAUAUUGUGCAAGUUUUUAAACUCUUAAAUGGACAAUUUUAAUAAUAGACACUUGAAAUAAUAUUCUAGUUAUCUAUCAUAAAAUAAGAGUUAAGAUGUGCAUGAACACUUUUUUGUUUGAAAUAUUUUGCUGAAUAUAAUUCAAUUUGACCUUUAUAAAUAAAUUUUUUAAUAAAAA